AUGGAUAUAAAAUUGCCUACUGUGCAACCAGAUGAGAAAGACGAGUAUAUUUCUGGAAAAGAAACCUUCGUCUACGAUUGGGACCAUAAUUACACCCUUAAGAGAUUAACUCCGCUUCAUCAAGAUUGUAAUCUCGAUGACUCCCUUCAAGAGGAAGUCGCUACUCUUGAUCAGGAGAGCGAGCCUCUUCUUCAUCAGCAUCUGGAUGAUUCCCUUCCAGAAGAAGUCGCUACUGUUGAUCAGGUGAACGAGCCUCUUCCUCAGCAAGAGAUCAAUAACAAUGACAAUAAUAAUAAUUGUUUUCAGAAUGUAGAAAAUCAGACUUCAUCAGGACGAAUUGUACAACCAAAGAGAUUUCUGACAUAUAAAACUUAUGAAAGAUAUUACGGAACAAACCAUCGGUGGCACAAGUCGGGACGACCAAAAAAACUUCCACAGCACGGAAUUCCUUACACCUAUAUGAGAUGUGCUUAUCAGUACAAAAGCAAAUGCCCGGGAAGAGCACUAUUAUAUGAUGACGAAAUAGAAUUCGUUUAUAUAACGAAAGAUCAUUUGGAAAAAUGCAAAUUUAAUGUAGAUGCUGCACAUCAAAGGAGUGCUCUCUUGGAGAAGAGCGCUGCAAAUCCUGACAAUCCGUCAAAAGUUUUUAAAGAAGUGAGAAGAGAAAACACGAAUUGGGAAUCGAGUCUUCCGUAUGAAUUCCUUCAAAGAACCUUACGACGGUGGUUGCGCGGUGGUUGUCCUGCUGUGCCGAAGCAUAUUGUUGAUGUUGAAGAAGUACUCAACAACCCUGUUUGGCAGCAGAGAAUGACAUACUGUAUAAAAGAAGAAAACCACAAAGUUCUGGUUAAAAGCGUCACUGAUGCUGACAAUUUUUGUCACAUCAUCUUCUUCUCACCAGACUUUCUAUCAAAAGUCCUUGAAAUAGACGUGUCAUCUGCCACAGUUGAUGGAACGUUCAGAACUGUUCCGUGGCUAAAAGGAGCCUACCAAAUUUUAAUUUUUUCAGUUUUUUCGUUCGGAAAGAUUACCCCUCUAUUUUUUGUAAUGAUGAGUGCAAAAUCUUUCCGCGCCUACAGUUCUGUAGCGCAAAAAAUUAAAGAAUUAGCACCAUCUUUAAAGAUAGAUAAAUUAACAUGUGAUUUCGAAAUUGCAUUAAGAAAGGCUUUUAUAUUUUAUUUUGAAGAAAUAAUAAAAAUUAUUGGCUGCCAUUUUCAUUUUUGCUACAACAUUGAUAAACAAAUCAACUCUCUCGGGCUACGGCAGUAUGUGAGUAAAUACGAAAUACUUUUGGCCUUUACGGAAAAAUUAAAAUACUUAGCAUUUCUUCCUCCUCAAGACAUCCAGGAUAUAUUUAAUUAUCUCGUUGAACAGCUGCCAACCGCAGAAACCAUUCCCUUGAUAAAUAAUCCUGAAGUUUAUAUAUCUCCUCGAAAGUUAUUGGCUCCAUUGAUUGACUACUAUGUGCGUUAUUGGUUAAAAAUAACUACACCAGAUAUAUUUUCCGUGUACAUGGAAGAGAGAAGAACUAAUAACGACACAGAAAGGAACAAUAGAUCUUGGAACGAUUUUAUAGGCAACCAUCCGAAUCUUGUUAGUUAUAUUGAUAAACUACUUCUCUAUAUUAAAGACACUCACCUCGAUCAUACGUCGAGAUGCAUGAAUGGAGUAUCUAAACGAAAUUUAUCAGAAGAAGAGAAAAGAAAAGAAAAGAUUAUAAAAGGCGGUUGGGCAAGGAUUGAAGAGUCUAAACUGUGUAGCAAACGUGAGCGCAGAAUUAUACUGCUUGAAUUUCUACAGAGCUGCAGAACAAUAAAAUAUGAUUUCGUAGAGCUGAACAAGACACUUAUCACUGGAGAAGAUGAAUCAGUACCUGCAGUAAUUUCCGACACAUGCAGUGUCGUUCGAAAUACACCGUGGGACGAUAGGGUGGAAUUUAAUGAAAAUGAUUGGAAAUGUCCAAUUUGCGACAAAGAAACGGGAAAUGAGAAAUCAUAUUAUACUCACAUUGAGUCAGCUCACGCGCUCAUACACUGCGAUCAGUGCGAUGAUUUAUAUAAUAAUACCGUAGCUCAUUCUAAUUGCUCAAAACUGAUUCUAUCAACAGCGACAGGUACAAAUGUUUCCAUUACAUCUGAGACACAACAAAAAACUCAUACAUCAACGGUGGUAUCAACAACAGCAGCACCUUCAAUAAUUUGCGAAGAUGUUAUGCCAACGACGUCCUCCAUUCGUCGACAAAAUCCACGAAAGCCGGCUAAAGGAAGAUAUUACUCGUACCCACCAGUGGAAAAAAUAAAAUCAGUUAAAAGGGAGCUUACUCCAGGUGCAAGGAAAGCACAAAAGAGAGCCGCAGAUUGGGCAACAGUAAAGCCAGUGGCAGCCCAAAAAGUACUAAAAACAGCCCCAAUAGAAAUGAGGACUGUCUCGCCAGCUUCACUACCCACAAACACAGAGACAACUUCAACACCGACCAAUGUAAAAAUCGAGUCCAGCAUUAAUAAACAACCUAAAAUAGUUUCCAUCAUUUCCUUCUCAAAGACAAAACCGGCAUUGCAGAUAAGAGCACAUACAAAAAAAUAGAGUAACGAAGUAACCAACCAAUUUGUUCAUCUCUUUCCACACUUUGUUAAAUGUGAAAAACAAAAAAAAGUGGAAAACAUUUUCCAAAGAUUUAUUUUUUCUAAGAAAAAAUCUA